AUGAUUUAUAAUAAAGAAUAGAGUAAAGUCGCUGCAGCACUUCUUAACAAGCACCUUCAAAUUAACGGCAUAUCCGCCGGUUUGACUUCGUUACGACAAUCAGUUGAUGAAGGCCUUGUGUCCGACGACAAAGCUGCAGCUGCCGAGGCUGUAGCUACGGAUCCAGGUUCCAGUAGCAAAAUGAAGAGAGAAAGAAAAGCUGCCAGGACGUUAGGGAUUAUUGUAUCGGCGUUUUUAGCGUGCUGGUUACCUUUUUUUCUAUGGUAUUUAAUAUCAGCUCUAUGCGGCUACACGCUCUGCUAUAGCCCUCAAUGGUUAGUCACUCUCGUUUUUUGGGUAGGUUACUUCAAUUCCGCCCUGAAUCCGCUCAUCUACGCCUAUUUCAACCGAGAAUUCCGAGUGGCGUUCAAGAAAACCUUAGAAAACUGCUGCCAAGUUUCGUCGCACUUAGUUUGUAGGAAAUACUCGAUGAGAAGAGACCCGCCGAUAACGUGUAGCAACGCCUCUAGCGAAAUGCACGGAAACAACUAUUUGAGAGCAGAGGCGAUCAUACAGCGAUUUAACAACUUCUCCGAGCAAGAAGUGAUUAACUUAAGACAAAGCGAAGCUUGUAUUUAG